ACUGAUAGCAAAUUUCAUUCUAUUCAUUAGUAUCAAUUUAAUUAACGCGCAAUCAAGACGUAAAGUUUUUUAUUUAUAAAACAUCAAAUUUAUUUCUCUUCUAACUUAAAUGUCCGAAAAAAAUGGAAAAAAUUCUGAAUGAAAUCAAAUCGUUUUUGAAGACUUUAGUUUGUUUUUUGAUUGCGUGUUGCAUGGUGCCACUUCUUUUGACAUCGUUCCUUUGUGUCCACUACUCGAAUGAACUUUUCAAUUAUGUUCUGACAGUCAAAUACCCAUCACUGGAAAUUUCCAAAUCAAAGAAAAUUCGAACACUCAUAGAUACACCUCGAAAUGCUGGUAUUUUUCAUUUCCUCCUGCAACUACAAGGAUCUUGUGAUUUUGAAAAAAUCAAACAACAUUAUGUGGAACAUUUGACUGAGUUGCGAAAUCCACUUGGAGGAUUGCGUUUUCCAAAACUGAGACAACAAUUGAUAACAUGUUGGGGUCAUUAUGCUUGGGUGAAAGAUCAAAGCUCAUUCAAUAUCAAUAAUCAUGUUGUCAUCAAUACGGCUAAUUAUCGAGGAAGGAAGGUGCACGAUGGGAAUAUACAGGAGUUUGUCAGUGAUUUGGUUACCAAAUAUAUUCCAUCGGAUUUGCCACAAUGGCAGGUUAUAGUGAUUCCAAUUGUGUCGACAUCUUGUGAAGAGGAUAUGGCGGAUGACCAUUUUUACAUAUUAGUCAAAGUCCAUCAUCUUUUAAUAGCCGAGCAAGAUGGCUUACACACCAGUGAAAUACUAAUGCUCAAUAGUUCAAACAAACUAUCAAUUGAUGUCUAUGGAACGACUCGAGAAAGUCCCAAACUUUCAUAUUUUGUCCGAAAACCAGUACAUGUUCAAAAUCUAUUCAAUUACAUUUGGCUUGGAAUUAUCAAUCGUUGGAAUGAAUUUACCUAUCACUUUGAUUCAUUGGAAUCACCGGAUGGAGUUCAAAAACUUCAAAUCGAUUGCAUCAGUAAGUUACUGUCGGUUUUACUUAUUACAACUGUUACAGUACUAAUUGAUUUCUGGAGAGCAAACAAAGGUAUAAAAACAUCAUUUCGUGCUCGGUAUCGUCUCUUCUACACUUUGAUUAGACGAGAAAUUCUUCGAAGGAAUAUAUCAUAUGGAGUUGUGAUGGAUUCAAUAAAAACAUCAUUGCAUCCUUUUAGCAUUUUCAAAAACCUUAUAAGAAUAAUUUGGUAUAUAAAUGUCAACAUAAUUCUCCUUAUGCCUUAUAACAUUUAUCGUGAGCUCUUGGCGAUGAAGGAUAUUAUUUUUACCGGAAACACAACUUUGAUUACAUUUAGCGGAACUGCUGCCGUAUACAUUCCUCUCAUUAUCUACGCCCAAGUUGAAGUCAUCAAAAUUUGCUUUGAGAUUUUUAAAGCUCCGUGCAAUAUUUUCGAAGAACUUUUCCAAUUCCGUUCUAAAGAUGCAAAUAUCCUUCAAGUAAAAUCCUAUUCGGGUAGAAAAGUUGUGUCCUUUUCGAAGGAAAUAGAUUGGACUGAAAUAAGAAAACGUGUCGAUCUUACCGGAUUGCGAGAAUCGGACGUUACAUUAGCCUGCAUAGCUGGAGCUUUGCACGAGUAUUUUGAUGGUUUCGAAGGAUAUCCGGUACCAAAAGUUCUAAAUACAACAUGCCGCACUAUGGCCAAGGGCUACUUCACUGAAAGAGAUGGACGAAUGAAUCACAUUGGUGGUGUGGUAUUCCUCCAGCUGCCACUGAGGAAACCAACUCGUGAAAAUGCUCUAGAAAUUCAAAAGAUCAUCGAAAGAAUUCGAAUGAAACAAGUUAUUAUAUAUUUAGCAUCGAUUGGACAAACGAAGUUUGAUAUGUUGACAGCUAUUUUACCAAGGACGGUGACCAAAGUUUUCAUUAACUAUUUUUCGUUUAAUUUUCCUGUUACUUUGACGGAAAUCUAUGGAAAUUCAUCGAAUUUCGAAACAGUUUGGGGGCAGAAUGUGGAAUAUGUUUUGUUAUUUAGACCACCACAAUCAAAAACAUGCCUUUCAUUAAACAUUCAUCGAUUUGGAGAAAAAAGUCGUUUAGCAAUUAUUGCUGAUACACAGCUAGCACCAGAUCAUGCUAAAAUUUCAAGUUCUUUCGAGAAAUUUAUGGAAACUAUAAAAAUGUAAUUAAUUUGCAUGUGUGUUCAAACAAUAAAUUAUUUAUCCAAACUGUGAUUAAGUUAAA